UAGAGCGUGUGAGAUCGGGUCUGAUUCGGUUUGUACUCGGAUGGAGACGAUGGCGACUACAGCGGCGAACAGCUCACAGAAUAACGAUGGGAUUCUGAUCGGGGAUAAGAUUUACUCUGAGGUCUUCCUCACUAUAGAUAACUCUCUGAUUCCCGAGGAGAAACUCUCUCCCACUCCGUCUAUGCAGGAUGGCCUGGAUCUACACACCGAAACCGACCUGCGCAUCCUGGGCUGUGAGCUUAUCCAGUCUGCGGGUAUUCUUCUCCGCCUACCACAGGUGGCAAUGGCGACGGCGCAGGUUCUGUUCCAACGCUUCUUCUACUCCAAGUCGUUUGUGAAGCACAGUUUUGAGAUUGUUGCUAUGGCCUGUAUCAAUCUGGCCUCAAAGAUCGAAGAAGCGCCACGUCGAGUGAGGGACGUCAUCAACGUCUUUCACUAUUUAAGGCAGAUCAGAGGCAAAAAGAGCGCAAGCCCAUUGAUACUUGAUCAGAACUACAUAAACACGAAAAACCAGGUCAUCAAAGCCGAGCGGCGCGUGCUGAAGGAGUUGGGUUUUUGUGUCCACGUCAAGCAUCCACACAAGAUCAUCGUCAUGUACCUGCAGGUCCUCGAGUGUGAGAAGAAUCAAACGCUGGUCCAGACAGCAUGGAACUACAUGAACGACAGCCUGAGAACCAACGUGUUCGUGAGAUUCCAAGCCGAAACCAUCGCCUGCGCUUGCAUUUCCCUCGCCGCCCGAGCCUUACAGAUUCCUCUACCAACCAAGCCUCACUGGUAUCUCCUCUUUGGUGUCACUGAGGAAGAGAUAAAGGACAUCUGUAUCACCACUCUGAAGCUGUACACGAGGAAGAAGCCCAACUAUGAUUUGCUGGAGCGGGAGGUGGAGAAGAGGAAGGUGACUCUGCAGGAUGCGAAACUGAAGGCCAAGGGGCUGAACCCUGAUGGAACGCCUGCUCUCUCUACAAUGGGUGGCUUUUCUCCUGCAUCUAAACCAGGUUCUCCUGCGGUCAAAGCAGACGAGAAGUCUCCAAACGCUCAGACGCUCAAAUCGGUGAAGAAGGAACCCGAAGAUCGUACGCAGGGCUCGAAGAGUCCUCAUAACGGCCUCAGAAAGGAGAGUAAACCGGGUCGGAACAGCAGGAGCGUAAGCCGCUCCCGCUCCAGAACACGGUCCAGGUCCAGGUCCCGCUCUCCCAGGCGACACUACAACAGCCGACGCAGCCGCUCGGGGACCUACAGCUCGCGGUCGCGCAGCCGCUCUCACAGCCGCAGCCCGUCGUCGCCGCGGCGGCACGGCAGCCACGGCGCCCCGUCUCCGCUCCUCUCCCACCUGAAGGCCAAGCAGCAGCAGCAGCAGCAGCCGCGCCCCGACGACCUGAAGCUCCACGCCCGGCACGCGCACAAGGGAAAGCGCUCGCGCUCCGGGAGCAAGCCGCGGGACCGAGAGAGGGAGCGGGGGCGCGAGAGGGGGCGCGAGCGUUCCUCCUCCGACCUGUCGGGCAAGAAACACCGGCACGAGCGGAGCGGCGGCGCCGGCGCCGGCCAUCACAGAGACAGACGGGAGAGGUCACGCUCGUACGAGCGCUCUCACAAGAGCAAACACCACAGCGGCAGCCACUCGGGUCACAGCCGCCACCGCCGCUGACCCCCCCCACAGAGCGUACAGGGUCACGACCGACCCUCUAAACUCCCUCAUUUUGCAUUUUAUCCCGUUUAUUUCUCUUGUUUUCUUCGUUUCGACAAACCUUUUAGUUUAAAUGUAAAGUGAAGGACUUGAACGGACAUAUUUACAGUGUAAAGACACAAACGCAGAUGUGUUAAAGAAUGCUUUGAUUUAUAAAAGCAAACCUUUUUCGUUGAGAUGUCGUGGGGGGGGGGUCACUUAUUUAAACUCGAUGUUCAGGAGAGACUUUAAGACUUUGCACAGCAGCCUGUAUAUUUACAAAAGGACAUUUGCUCUACAGGUAAGAGUCCUUGCCUAGGAAUAGAGCAUAUUUUUUUACAUGGAGACGCAGACUUCUCUCCUGGAUCGUGGUGGAUUUGUUACACUGGUUUUAGUCUGCACAUGUUCACAUCAGAUUUUUACUCAAUAAAAAAAGUGACUUAUUCUACUGUAAA